UUUGAACAUAGUUAUAAGAGUUCCGUCUAUGUUUAGCCAUUUCCCUGAGCAGAAUAUUUAAAAUAUUAUCGAAUUUUCUAUAAUUUCAAAGCCUGUUUAUCUCUCACUAUGUCUUCAAGCUUUGGCCAGAACAGCGCUUGGACCAUGGGUGGACCGCCUGGAAGUGUCUAUGAAGAUGAUGUACCUCAGGUCAAUCCGAACAGUGUCCGUGAAAGGAAGUUACAACAGCAGAGAGAAAUUAUGCGGAAAAAAAAUGAAAUGAAGCGAGCUCAACCUGGAAUGGUCCAAGCCAAUGAUGUUGCACGUCCAAAGUCCCGCCAUUCUGAAAGAAUGCCCCUUGUUCUGGGUGGAACACAACUACAUGGUAUAGAUGGUCCAGUAAAUAACUACACUGCUCCACCAGAACCUGUCGUGGGUGGUUUACUUGUUAAUGUUGGAUCAGAGGAAGAAGAAGAACCACUUCCACGUGCAAAACAAACAACUGAUACAGAACGGAAAUUAGCAGCAAUGGGCAUAUCAUCUAGUGCUGAUUAUGCGGGAAUCAAGGACGAUUUUGAUGAACCAGAGUAUUCCUCUCAAGUGAUAGCACCUGCAAGGGCAAGAACCCCAUCUCCAAGCUUCCAGUCUAAUGCGCCUCCACCCUCAUAUGACUCUGUGACAAAACAAAAAAAGGUACCACCCAGUAAUGGAGAAUCACCACCAAAUACAACUACAACAACACCUAGCGCAAAUUUUGAAAUGAUUGAUGAUCUUGAUAAGUUUGUGUUUCGACCUGCCCAGCCAGAUGAACCUCCAAUUAAAUGUAGAAUAACAAGAGACAAGAAAGGAAUGGAUAGAGGGAUGUAUCCAACUUACUUCCUACACAUGGAGAAAGAUGAUGGCAAGAAGAUAUUCCUUCUGGCUGGUCGCAAGAGAAAAAAGAGCACAACCUCUAACUAUCUAAUAAGCACAGAUGCAACUGACUUGUCAAGAGGUGGAGAGAGUUUUAUUGGAAAAUUAAGAUCCAAUUUAGUAGGGACAAGAUUUACAGUGUUCAACAGUGGCGUGAAUCCCAAAAAAGGAGGUGUCAUGUCUGAUGGUUCAAAUAUUAGGGAAGAAGUGGCAGCUAUUAUUUAUGAUACAAAUGUUCUUGGCUUUAAAGGUCCUCGCAAAAUGACAGUAAUUCUUCCAAAAAUGGGGAUUGAUCAUGAGAGAAUACCAGUACGACCCAUUUCGGACAAUGAUGGUUUAUUGGAAAGAUACAAGAACAGGAAAACCGAGAAUCUGUUGGAGCUACAUAACAAAACUCCUGUUUGGAAUGAUGAUACACAAUCUUAUGUCCUUAAUUUUCAUGGAAGAGUGACUCAAGCAUCUGUUAAGAACUUUCAAAUUGUAAUGGAUGCUAAUGUUGAUUACAUAAUUAUGCAGUUUGGCCGGGUAGCAGAAGAUGUGUUUACUAUGGACUACAGUUACCCAAUGUGUGCUCUACAAGCAUUUGCAGUGGCCCUAAGCAGUUUUGAUGGCAAGCUGGCUUGUGAAUAGUUUCAAACAAAAAUGACUCAGGGUUAAUUGGCAAUUAUAGGGAAUUCAUAAAGCUAAUUAAUUAAUGUUAUAAUUUGUAAGUGAGAAAGAAAGGAGGGCAUUGUAGGUUCAUGUUAUUCUUUUAGAUUUUUAGUUGGAAAAACUGAAAUGUGCAUGUCUUGUAAAUUUACCCCCUAACAAUUGACCAAUUGAAAGUUAUAUCUGCUGUGAGGCUUGUUUGUUUUUCAAGCGGGCCAUUGUUUAUAAAUAGGUAUCGAGCACCUGUUACUAAAAAUCCUAUGUUGGUGCAUUCUUGCUUUUAAAAGAACCUCUUAGCUUCUUAGCUUUAGCUGUAGUUUUUUUUUUAAAUUUUUAUUUGAGCAGAGGUACAGGUCUGUAAUUAUGUACAGACAACAAAGGAAACAAACCUUACCCUGUUUCCUUAAAGUUACAUGUCUGAAAUGAGAAAUUUUUUUUUUAGAUCAGUUGAAAGGAAGUUGCAUUGGGAUUGUUAAAUUUCAAAUUUUACACUGAGGCUUACCAUUAUUGCAUUUUAUUGAAUUGACUUUGUUCUGUAAAUCAGAAAGUCAUCAUGUUGUAAAGGAAUUGUAGUUGCAAGCAACUUGAAUUUAUUUAUUAACAAAUAUUAUAUGUACCUUGUACACUUCAUAAAUUUUAUGUAGUCAAGAUAUGUGUAACUUUCAGUGUAACAUUAAACAAUUGCAUGAUUCUUAAUCUUUAAUUAGUAUAUAAACAGUUUGGUUAAUUGAGCAGGAAGAGAGUAGACUUAAUUAAAUUUUUUACUGUUAAAACAGGCCAGACAUUUCCCAGAGAUAGGAAAUGACAUUUUCAUCAAAAUUGAAAAUAUGCCUUUAAGUUUCCUCUUUGUGUAAUGUUAGUAUUACUUUCAUGUAGAAUGUGGGUGAUGUUGAUCAUCAAUUUUCUGGCUUAUAUCUCACUCAUUAUGUACGUAACAAACCUAUUCUACCAUCUACAGAAUUAAUUCUCAUGACAAGAAAUGUGUAGAGGAACUGGAAAUUCUAGCAUGUAAUGUUAACUUUUUAUUCUUAAUAUAAAUGAUUGACCUUUUGACAUCAAGUUUGUAUUUGACGAAUAAAGAAUGAAUAUCACAACUUAUGAAAAUUCAAAGA